AGAUUCCAGAGACUUAUUAAAGGAAUUUCCACAGCCUAAAAACUUGCUCAACAGCGUGAUUGGACGAGCCCUGGGCAUUUCUCAUGCAAGGGACAAGCUGGUGUACAUCCAUACUAAUGGGCCAAGAAAAAAGAAAGUCACUCUGCAUAUAAAGUGGCCUAAGAACGUGGAAGUGGAAGGCUAUGGGACCAAGAAGAUUGAUGCCGAGAGGCAGGCAGCAGCUGCGGCAUGUCAGCUCUUCAAGGGCUGGGGUUUGCUGGGGCCCAGAAAUGAGCUCUUUGAUGCUGCAAAGUACCGGCUUCUCGCUGACCAGCUUGGCUGUCCCGACGAGAGGUGGUGCUCGGAGGGCAAGUGGCGCUCCAAGUCCGGACCUUCUCUCGCCGACUUGUCAACCUGCUGGCGACGGAUGGAGCCGGACGAUUCCAUCCAGCCCAUGGAACAGGGCAGGAUGCCUAAAGCAAUGAGGAGAGAGGAGCUGGAGGAAGGGGAGCUAGAGGAAGGGGAACUGGAGGAGGGAGAGCUGGAAGAAGAAGCAAUCGACGUUUCUGAUUAUCUGCCUAUGGCACAUCAGGAUGCUCGAACCCCAGGCAGAGACGCAAGCCGAGGAGGGAGUUCCAUUGAAAUGACAGAUGACAACACUGCCAUCCGUGCCCUGACGCAGUUCCCACUUCCCAAAAAUCUCCUGGCCCAAGUGAUUCAGAUUGCAACCUCUUCCUCUACAGUCAAGGAAUACAUGCAGUUCCGUACAGUGGGCACCAAGACCAAGAUCUGCAAGCUCACGCUCCGCUGGCCCUGCCCGAUGACUUUUGCUGCCAAGGGCCGUCGCAAGGUGGAGGCAGAAAACAAAGCAGCGGCACUGGCAUGUCAGAAGCUGAAGAGCCUUGGCUUGGUGGACAAGAACAACAACCCCCUCAGCCACGCUAUGUACAACAUGACUUCACUCCGGGAGCUUGGUGAGAACCAGAGGAAACCCUGCCACAUCAAAGUCCCUGAAGCAACCCUGCGGAAGAUUGAGAACUAUCUGAAUCAUUAUCCAGUGGACAUCAGGGAAUCCAGGCCACGGAUUGCCGAUGACAUGAUGAACCUGAGCAAGGAAUCUGGUGCGAUAAGUGAUGCAAUCACGGGGAAGACAUAUAUACCCAUGUUGGAAGCGGAGGAAGUGCGCCUUAGCCAGAAUCUCCUGGCCCUCUGGAAAAGGAGGGGAUCGUCGGGGCAGGAGAGCCACCCACUGCCAGUGGAUCCCCACAAGGACACCAUCCUAUCAGCCAUUGAGCAGAACCCUGUAGUGGUAAUAGCAGGAGAUACAGGCUGUGGGAAAACCACGAGGAUCCCUCAGCUCCUGCUGGAACACUACAUCCUGGAGGGACGUGGCGCCCGCUGCAACGUAGUGAUCACCCAGCCGAGGAGGAUCAGCGCCAUCUCGGUCGCCCAGCGCGUGGCACAAGAGUUAGGUCCCAACAUGAGGAAGAAUGUGGGCUACCAGGUGCGGCUGGAGAGCAAGCCGCCCGCCCGGGGAGGAGCCCUGCUCUUCUGCACCGUGGGCAUCCUGCUGCGGAAGCUGCAGGGGAACCCCAGCCUGGAGGGUGUCAGCCACGUCGUGGUCGAUGAGGUCCACGAGCGAGACGUCAACACUGAUUUCCUGCUCAGCCUGCUGAAGGGCAUCCAGAAGCUCAACCCUGACCUGCGCCUGGUCUUAAUGAGCGCCACAGGAGACAAUCAGCGUUUCUCGCAUUACUUUGGGGAUUGCCCUGUGGUCAAGGUGCCGGGUUUCAUGUACCCAGUGAAGGAGUACUAUCUGGAGGAGAUCUUGGCCAAGCUGGGCCGGCACCGACACCGGCUUAUCCAGCAAUCAGAUGAUGAAUGCGUCCUUGAUCUUGAUCUGAUCACCGACCUCGUACUCCAGAUUGAUGCCCACGGAGAACCAGGCGGGAUCCUCUGCUUCCUCCCUGGUUGGCAGGAAAUCAAAGGAGUGCAGCAGCGCCUGCUAGAGAUGCUGGGAUCUCAGAACAGCCGGUACCUCGUCUUACCAGUGCACUCCAACAUCCCCAUGAUGGACCAGCAAAACAUCUUCCAGCGGCCUCCACCCGGCGUCAGGAAGAUCGUCCUGGCCACCAACAUCGCUGAGACCUCCAUCACCAUCAAUGACAUCGUCCACGUGGUGGACAGUGGCACGCACAAGGAGGAACGCUACGAUCUAAAGACCAAGGUGUCCUGCCUGGAAACGGUGUGGGUGUCCAAGUCAAACGUGGUGCAGAGGCGAGGGCGUGCUGGCCGCUGUCAGUCAGGAUUUGCCUAUCACCUCUUCCCUCGCAGCCGCCUGGACAAAAUGCCAACUUACCAGGUUCCAGAGAUCCUACGCACCCCACUGGAGAACCUGGUGGUUCAGGCCAAGAUCCACAUGCCAGAGAAAACG